AUGGGUAUGGCCCUAUCCACCACUUGGGCAUCGCUUCCGUCUACCACGGAGUUCUUUCCUCCAACUCCAGCGGCGUACACGACCGUCCUCGCCGUUUUCCAGUACUUCCCGGUGUGCACUAUCCUGCAAUGGCUACUCUCCUGGCACCCGGCGGGUAAGACAUCCCUCAAGAGCUCCAUCUUCAACAUUCCAGGCCGAGUCGCCUGGUGCGCCAUGGAGAUCGUUGGUCCCAUCAACCUGCUCUACAGCCUCUCUCAGACCACACCCUCCUUGACUGAGCUGCCCGCAAUCAACCAGUUGGUUGUGGCUCUCUACUGCGCGCACUAUGCCAACCGCGCCGUGAUCUCACCCUUCUUCUCGGCACCGAGUAUGUCGCCCAUUCAUGUUUUUGUGAUGGUCAGUGCCAUGGGCUUCAACUGGUUGAACUCGUCGUGUCUGGCUGGGUGGUUAUCCGGUUACGAGAUCCCCAUUGCCGGAUUCCGCACCAACGGCGCCGAGGCACUGGUUUCUUCUUCCCUGUCUUCCGAUUCGCUCCCUCUGAUUCGAAUCCUUCCCGUCGUCGGGACUGCUCUGUUUGUCAUCGGCAUGGCAGGUAACAUUUACUCGGAGACGUCACUUUUCCGUCUCAGAAGGGAAGAAGCCGGGAAGCGUUCUGCGAAGAAAUCAGAUGACAAAGCCCCCGCUAACGGCAAGACCAAAUUCCACAAGGUCUAUGUCAUCCCGCCCGUAGAGGGCGUCUUCCGAACUAUCCUGUACCCGCACUACGUCUUCGAGUGGCUGGAGUGGACUGGAUUCGCCCUUGCUGGAGUCGCGGUGUUCCCCCUUUCUCUAUCUACCAAGGUCGGCACUGCCACAGGUGCGGGCGUUGCUCCACCGCUUCGGCCUGCGCCGUGGAUCAUUCCUGUGGCGUGGGUGGCGGAUCGAUUUGGAGUUCCUCUCCCCCUGCCCGCUGUGUUGUUCGUGGUUAAUGCCGUUGCGAAUAUGCUACCCCACGCACGCUGGGGACGGAAAUGGUAUGUUGAGAAGUUUGGGGAUAAGGGCGUUGCUGGAAGGGGUGCUGUGGUGCCUUGGUGCGAAUUCAUGUGA